AUGUGUAGUACAUAAUGUCUUAUAUUUGCAAUUGAUUCAAGUUCAUCUACCUUUCAUCUUCAUUUCUUCAAAUCAAAGCGAUUACUUCAUACACAAUUUGAUUUGUUAGUUUCGAGGUAGCCCUUUUUAAAAGACGACAAAAAAGAGUGUAUCAUUUUAAAGUCGGUGUUUGUGUAUGUGUACGAAGAGAGUGUAAGGCGAAUAUUUUCUUCAUAUUUUUCCUCUCUUUUAUUGUUUCGGUAAUGUUGUGUAUAUGCAGUUUACUUUGAACACACACAAUUUAUGUACAUACCUUUCUUUUUAUUUCGUGUACGGACAAUUCGCUCAAUCCUAGUUUUGUUUUGUGCUAAGUGAAUUUUUAAUUGUGUCUCUAUUCCAUUCUAAUGGUUUUGCGUUGUUGAUAAAAGGAAAUUAUAUCAAUUCAAUAGACGAAAUGUGCAAAAACCCAAACGGAGUGAAAGAGUAAAAAACGUGAUUCCGACUAAUGUACAAUACAAAAUGGAAUUGGCCAACCAGCCACAAUUUGCAUCAUGUUGUAAAAUAUCGAGAAUAACAGCACCAUAACCAACGAAAAAAAUAUAUAUGUGCAUAUGUUUUUCUCCUCCCAUUCUUUGUUGAAAUGUGUGAGACAAAAACGAGCGCAAAAAUUGAGUGUUAUUAUAGUUGAAUCGUUGUUUGACACGAGUCGAACAAAUCAAAACAAUUAGGCGAAUUGUCAAAUCCGUAGCAAAAAAAUACGUAUGAAAUCGGAUUUACUUUUUCCUCAACAGAACCGCAGUUAAUUAUCAAUUGAGCGAAAUAGUUCCGUGAAAAAAAAACCCAACGACAAUGAUGAUGGUGAUGAAGAAGAAAAAUUGACAACAAAAAAAAAAUCACUGACAAUACACCAACCAAAUGGCAAAUAUUUUGCUACUAGAAAUUACGGUGACGGCAUGAACGCAAACAAAGAAACAACCACGAAAAGAAGAAGAAAAAAGUAAAUAGUGAAAUUUAUCGAGUGUAUGCAAUUUAUUAUAGUUAAUAUGUGCAUUUGGUUUGGCCACAGUACACAUUGAUUUCCAAAUCGGGCAUAUUUGUUAUUUUUGAAAUCAAUUUUAAAUCAUUGAAAUAAAUAUCGUGUAUGUGUAAGAGUGAAGUGUUUGUGUCAGUUUUUUUUUUUUAAAUUCAAUGUUCUCUAUUUCUUUUACUGAUGAUUAUUCCAUACCUACGCGUUAACCAUCAUCGUUUAGUGCUAUUUUAUGUAAUUAGAAUUGGUGUUGAUGUAUCAGACAACCACAACAUAAAUUUCAACCAAUAACGUUAGAUUGUUGCUGUCGACGUUGUCGUCGUCAUCGUCGUUUUUUUGAGUCGCCAUCAUCAUGUUUAUAAAAAAGACACAUGUUGAUGUUAAAAAGUUGACAUCGAAAAUUCAAGACAGUAAAAAAGAUACGGCAUCUCGACUGCGACACCUCAAAACCAUAUUAGAACACGUUGAUAUCGAUGAGGCGAAAUCAAUUUUCGAAUCGAAUUACAGUCAUGUCUACUUCAUACUCUACGACACAUUUGUACAAGCCGAAACGAAUUUACGACAGAGAGAAAAUUUAUUUCAUCUGGUGCAUAAAGCGCAUCGUGAAGAAUUAGAUGGAUCGCUAUGGUUGCUGGGGAGAAUAUUGCAUUUAUUGCCAGAAUUGGUGGCCAGAAGAUGGCAAUGCCAUUCAUUGGGCCGUGUAAUGGCCAAAUUGCUACAUCAUGGCAACAGCUCAAAAUUGCGAAGAGAAGGAGUGAGAUUUUUUCUGCUCUGGUAUCAAGCUCUAUGCGAAAAUGCGCCACCGCAUGUACAUCAAAUGUUUACCGAACUGAUACCUGGACUGAAUAUACCGCAAAAGGGUCAAAUUGGUUUGGCCGAAACGGAAUUUUUGACAAAUGAUUUAAUGAGUCAUCCGAAUAUGAAAGGUGAAAUGGGCGCAUCGGUGUUUCAUGAUACUGGUGCACAUCCGGUACGAUCACCAGAUGCAACACCAUUGUUACCACCAGCCAGUAACGAACGUACGGCUGCACCUGAUCCACGUGACGGACUCGAAGUGUUAUUGGAUGGAAUGCUUCGGGCAACCGGUGGAUUACGUUGGCGUGACAAUUCAGCGCAACGGCAUAUGCGAUCGUUUGCAUUCCUAUUACAACGAUUUAAAGAAGUUUAUUUGCCGUUGAUAUGUCCGAAUUUUGAUUAUUUUACAUCGAUUUACGAUCCAAAAUUGGAUUUGCCCGUAAUGCGAACGAUAAGCAAACGCGAAGAAGUGAUGAGCUCAUGUGUUGUAGUUUUAGUGAAUUGGAUAUCGAUGUAUACACGUGAUAAGAUUAGUAACAAUCGUAUUUUUAUGAAUAUCGAAGAUGAUUUAACCGAUCAAGCAAAUUUUAUGUCAAAUGCCAAAUAUAUUGGUUACAUGCAACCGCAUCUCAUCAAAGAUGUUUUAUAUUCAACACGUGAUAAUAUCAAUUUUGUGCACGAAGUGUAUCGUCAAGCAUUCUUAUUAAAUUAUUAUACGCGUGCCCAAAUUGGUGCGAUUCGAACGGCAAUUGCAACAUAUAAAGAAUGGAUGAGCGGUACACCGCCACCAUUUUUACUGGAACCAGACGAGAAUAAUGGCAACAGCGGUGGCAGCAAUCAUGAUACAGUACCUCGAAAUCAACGAUUACGAACGGAUUCGUAUUUGGGCGCAAUUACAAAGGAAAAUUUUUUGAUCCGUGCCGGAUCUCAGAAUGUGCUGCAAGUAUUUGUCACAAAUACGGCCAAUGUUUUUAUGGUGCAAACGGCCCAUUCAAGUGUUGUAUUACAUUCAAAAUCACGUGAAACAACACCGCUCGACGAACAGACCGAUGUAUGUAAAAGCGUAUUGAAUAUUUAUCGAACGAUGGUGAUGAACACGAAAAUGGAUGCAAAAACAUGGGAACAAUUAUUGUUGGUGCUAUUACAAAUAACGGCUGUUAUUUUAAGUCAAGCACCGCCAAAUUCAAAGCGAAACAAUCUUGGCGGACGUUUGGCACAGCCUGUAUUUCAAACAUUGAUUGUAACAUGGAUUCGAGCCCAUACAAAUGUACCGGUGAAUCCCGGAUUAUGGUCAAAGUUUUUAAACGUUUUAUCAUCGUUGACACAUCGCGAAGAAUUAAUUAUUGAAUGGAAUAAAACGAUGCAAACAUUGACUCGAGUUAUGGCACGACAAGUAUACAAUUUAAAUUUACAAGAUCUUCCGUUGGACAGAUUGGCUGAACAAAAGGGCAAACGGAGGCGUGUCGCUGCCACACAACAACCAUCCGAGAAUCGUGAAAGUGCCAGCCUUUCGAAUGUUAUAAAAGCAGAAGUUGUCGAUGAACAAACCGAACAGCUGGACGAAGGAUCAACAGUUGGACGACAACGUACCAUAUCCGGUACAACAACAUUAAAUCGAAGCUAUAGCGAAGGUAGCUUGGCACCAACGCGAAAAUCAAGAGCCAGACGACGUAUGAAAAUGCCAUCAAAAGUACCAACAUUGCCGACAAACGUUGAAUGUUCACUGAAUAAACUGUUAUCUAGUGUUCCGUCAUCAAUAAGCAUAAGCAGUGAAACAUUAAAUGUUUCGAAAUUGUCACAAAGUAGUGACUGUGGUGCGGCUCCAUUGCGAAGAGCCCUGUCACUUGAUUCGAUUCGGUGUAAUGCGAUGAGCGAAAGUACAAGGGGAUCACGAACACCAUCGCCGACGGCAUCGAAUGGCAUCGAAGGUGGAAGUAUAAAAGACACGAUUCAAAUUGAUAUGUUGGCCGGCGAUUCCAGUAGCAUUGAUACACAAGAUGAUAGUAAUAUACAAUCGGCCGAUCGCAGAUCUAUUUUGAUGGGUGGCACAGCACGCGGUUGGCUGCCAGAUGUAGCGGCUGUUAUGUGGAAACGAAUGCUUGGCGCUCUUGGUGACGUCAAUAAAAUUCUAAAUCCAAAAUUACAUGCUCAAGUUUUUAAACAUCUUGUUGAUAUCACCGAUAGUUUGAUCAAGAUUCGACAAAAUCAAGGCAUAUCGAGUGAUAAUCAAAGUACACCAAAUCCACCAACACUUGUGCCACCGAUUGGUAUUUUUUCUGCAUGGUGUUACGGUGCACUAUCGUUGGACUAUCAAUAUCGUGAUGGUAAAUUGUGGGCCUUACAAAUGCUGUGUUCGAUCGUUAAACAUGGCCCACCUUUGGGCAAUGAUCAAUUGCCAUUGUUUUAUCAUGCAUUGCAUCAAGCAUUAACCGGCGAAGACAGAGCAAUGGCAUAUACCGUACUAAGAUAUUUGGGCGGACCACGUUUUCUAAGCUUACUUUUGCCAGGUCAUUCGUUACUUUUGCUUGAUUUAGUGCAUGCAUCGACCGUAAUAUUAACUUCAACCGAAACAAAUAGUGUGCCACGCGCCGAAGUGACCGGUUUGCUAAGUUCGCUAUUAUGUUUUCCACGUACAUCAUUGACAAAGCAAUUUUUACAACCAUCAGAACCGCAUGUAACCCUUGUCGAUUGUCCAGACAUUCAAGAGCAUGUAUUAAAUGUUAUAUUGCGAUGUGCAAGACGUGAACCAACAUCAAAGGCAAGAUGCAUUGCGAUUUCAGCGCUUGCUCAAUGGAUUUUACAAACACUUGGCCAAAUACAUUCAUCGCAAAAAAGUUUCCAACAAAAUGUCACAUACAAAGGGCAACGAUCGUCACCCGGCAAACAGUUAUCACCACAAAAUCCACGUAUCAAAGAAGCAAUUCAAGUCAUUUUACAAGCUAUUCAAUUUAAACAUCGGACAAUUGCACGCGUUGCAGCUGAAUCAUUAAAAUUGUGCGCCGAUAAAGGAAAACAAAUUGCCGAAAUCGAUCGUUUGCCACAUCUUAUAAUUAAAUCAAUUUGCAUUGCGUUGGAAAUUCAAAAUGUAACGCAUCCAAAAGAGAGUGAUAAACAUGUUUUAACCGCUUUGCUGUUGUGUUUAGGCGAAUUUUGUAUGUCAAUUCCAACAAAUAUUUUAAUACAAACACUGUCGGCUGAUUCAACGGACAAUUUGGUAUUGAUUGUGCUGCGAAUAUUACAUCAAAUUGGAACUGGAGCUCAAACUGAUCGCAUUAAAUUAUUUACGCCCGACGAGGAUUUCGAUAUGACAAUCCUAGUGGAUGAUGUAAGACUUCCAUCGUCAAGCGAAGCAAAUUUUCAAACGGCUGAAACAACACAGAAUUGUAUCAAUGCUAUACGUUUGUGUGCCAAAACGGUUGCCAUGCAUUUGGUCACAAAUUUGGGACAUUUUCCAAUGGGAAUUGGUGCAUCGCGACUGAGCUCAAUUGUCGAUGAGCACGAUGACAUGGGUUUGACACAACCGAAUGAUGCAACAAUCAAUGCAAGAGAUUCCGUUGAUUUAACAUCGCAAGUACUUAAUGCCGCCAAUUUACAAAUGUUUUUAUUGAAUCCAUGUCUAGUCGCCAGUUUUAUUGAAUUAUCCGCAUUGAAAUUACCCGGCGGCGGUAUAACGGCUGGUCUGGUUACAGCCGAUCGACAAGUGCGCGUGCUAUUGCGUGAUUUGAAUGGUAAAGCAUGCUGGGAUGCAAGCAUUUUAUAUCGUGAACCAAAAAUACAAAUCACAAAUAUUGACAAUAUCGAUGAAAAACCGAAUUUACAAAUUGGCGCCAAUCAAGAUAGUAAAUAUUUUAUGGACAAAGCACAAAUUGCAAUGAGCCAUCAUGGUGCUAGAAAUUUUUUGGUCGGUGCAUCGCUUGAUCCAUUAAUAUCAACCGUUGGUUUACCAUUGAAUCCGCGUCAACAUACCUUGCGUCAUCGUCCACCCAAUCAACUUCCAGUUGCAAAUGAUUUGGCACCGGAUUUAGAUCAAUUAGACGAUUUGUUACAAUACAUUGGUCAUACGAGCCCCGAAUGUUUGGAAGAGCCAUGUUCAUUUUUAAAUGCAGCUGCUCCAACGCCAUUGGGUUCACAUUUGGAGGCGCAAACCAUAUCAAUUAUCCUAAAUCAAAAGUCAUUGGAACAAGAUUUCAAGGCGGUGCAAAGUACUCAAAAUAUAAAUAUUCCGGUUCGAUUAUCGCGCGAAGAUCAUUUUAAUCGAAAUAAGAGCGAUGGAACCCGUUCAGCCAAUAAUAGUCUAAUUAAGAAUGAUACACAAUUCCAUUAUUGUAAAUUGCUAUUCAGCCAACUUGGUUUGGCUGGCUGGGAACGAAGAAAACGCACCCAUCUAUUGAUACGUACGGAUAAACUAUUACGUGAGCUUCGAAAUUUGGACAUUCAACGAUGCCGUGAAACACACAAAGUGGCAGUGAUUUAUGUGGCCAGCGGGCAAGAAGAUAAAAACAGCAUUUUUAGAAAUUCAUGCGGCAGCAGUACUUACGAGAUGUUCGUAUCAGCAUUGGGUUGGGAAGUUGAAUUGGAAUCGCAUAAUGGAUUCUUAGGUGGAUUACCACGUACAGGAUGUGGUCAAACAUCACCGUAUUAUGCAACACCAUUCUUUGAGGUGAUUUAUCAUGUGGCAACUCGAAUGCCAUACGAUAGUUCCGAAGCUAUUCUCAAUAAAACACGACAUUUGGGCAAUGAUGAAGUGCAUAUUGUAUGGAGUGAACAUUAUCGAGACUAUCGCCGUGAUAUACUACCAACGGAAUUCUGUGAUGUUUUAAUCGUAAUUUAUCCAUUAAAAAGUGGUCUGUUUCGUGUGACAGUUAAUCGAAAACCGGAAGUGCCAUGGUUUGGUCCGAUCACAGAUGAAUCGAUUGUUGGCGGUGCAUGUUUGGCCAAUCUUGUACGAGCAACAGCAAUCAAUGCAAGCCGAGCCAAACGUUCAUCGUUAACAUUCUAUCAACAAUUUUAUGAGGAACGAAAACGUUCAUUGGAUACGAUUGCAACGCGACACAAAGACAGCAAUACAUUUGAAGAUUUUACAUCACGUGUAUAUAGCCCGUGUAUGUUAAGCCAUAACAUACCAUCUAAUCCAAAUAGUUCGCUUGCAUCCGCAAUGAUUGACAACAGCUAUCGUAAUCAAUCGAAAAAAUGGAGUCAGCCGCAAACUGAGACGGCAAAAUUAUCAGUUCGUGACAUUCCAAAUCAGAUAAUAAGCGCUGUAAAUAUUGAUCACCCAUCACCUCGGCCACAUCGUCGCCAAUUGCAUCCAUUUAAGAGUGCACCAAAAAAACAUAGUCAAGGUAAUACGCCGCCGGAAAGUCCAACACAAGCCGGAACAUUUACCAGGAAAUUUAAGUAGAUUUGAUAACAAAAACGGUUCAAAUCCGUCAAAAUAUAAUUAAUAGCAGAGUAAAUAUCUGGUUCUUAAAUCAAUCUGUGGAUCUACAUUUUUCUAUGGCAAAUGGAGUUUGAUACGACAAAAAAGAAAGAAAAUGGAAAUUAUACAUGAAAAAACCGCUCGACCAAAGAAAAUGAAAGCCUUGACAUUGCUAUCUACAUAAGAAAAUGUAAAAAAUAUGACAAAAACUCUUGAAAUAUUCCAUCUAAAAUAUGAUACGUACGGUAUGGUUUCCAACGAAACAUGUACGAUGUAAAAUACGAUGAAAAUUAUGCAACGUUUUUGGUUAUAUAUUUUUUUCACUUUCAUAGAUAUUUAUUUUUAUAGAAAUCUGUAUUAUUUUGUGGCAUGUCCUGUAUUUUUGUUUUGUGAAAAUUGCAACUAGAUUCAAGUAUUUCAUAGCUGAAAAUGAUUCCCCUCUUUUUUAUGUUAUAGAAAUAAACGGCUAAAUUUUAUUUUCGGAGAGAUGAUGAAAGAAUAGCGUGAAGAAGAUGGAGAUGCUCUAGAGAAAGAUAAAAAGAGAGAGAGAAAGAGAGAGAGUAAAUGAAAGCGUGUAAUAAUUUAAAACAACCAACAUUUGCGUCCAUGUGAAGAGAGAUUCAAAAUUUAAUUAAUCAUUAAUUAUUAUUAUGCAAUAAUGUUUUCUUUUCUCUGUGUCAAUUUUAUUUAUUAUUAUUGUAUUUCUAACUUAAGCGUAUCUAAUUUUUGUUUGAUAUAAUUUAUUAUGUUCAUUCUUAGGUUAAUGUGUUCCGAUUUUUGUUGGAAUUAAAGCUUCACUGUAUAAUUUAUUGUUAGUUUAAAAGAAGAAAUUUGGCAAGUUUCUUUUUUAUAUAAAUGAAAUACUGCUAUGACAAUUGGGCAAGAGUUUCGCUGCGAUAAACGUUCUAUAUAUAUAUUGUAUAAUCGUCGUAACAAAAGAAACGAAAAAUGUGUUUAAUUCUGUGCGAAGAGAAAAUUUUGAAGAAUAGUAUCUCUUUCUUUUUUUGAUAACCAAAAGUAUUUACAUCACAAUUUCCAAUAGCCAUUACGAUUUAAAAUAGACUCUAUAUCAAUCAAAUUACUAAAUAUUUUGACAGUAUUUUUAAAUUUUUAACCUUAAAUCUUACAAAACCAUAUGCAUAAAUUCAAUCUAAUUAAAAAAAAAAAAAUAUGAAUGAAUUUUGUUUCGAUCCUUUUGCCCAUAAGUAAAUUUUUUUAACGGCGACAUUCUCUCUCAAGCUCCAAGAAUCCUUGUUAAAAACGAUCUUUACUAUACUUAGAAAAUUGUAGAUAAUUCAAAGAAAAUCAUAAUAAUUUUAUUUUCUUCGAAAUCACACAUAUUACUAGAAGAUACAAAAUUGUACUAUAUAUUUUUAUGAAAAAUGUUCGUGUUAUGUUUUGUAACAUUUGUAUUUUGCACAAAGAAAACGACUACAAAGAUGAGUAUAUAGAAAAAAAAUCAAUAUUUCCGUUAAUUGAUAAUAAAU